AUGGCAUUGGUCGUUGAGGUUCCAUGUAUGCCAAGCCCUCGGAGCAGGGAAGCGCCCCGGUUCAAGGGGAAGAACAUUGACAAGUUCUUACGGGAAUUUCGGCUUUUAGCCAAGACUUCGCAGCUCACAGACGAGCAGAAGUGCCUCUACCUCACAUCCUACUGCAAGGAGAGGGAGGCUGAGUUCAUCAGAACGCUUGAUGGUUAUGAAACCCACGAUUGGACAUUCCUCAAAGAUGAGCUCCGCAGUUUUUACUCCUCCGAGUCCGAGGACUGCGUUUACCACACGAAAGACAUGUGCAAAUUCGUCAAGAAAGAGCGCAAGAUCAAGCGCCUUUCUCAUCUUGAGAAAUACCGUCGCAAGUUCCAAAUUAUCGCGACAUCACUUGAAGCACGCCACCGGUUGAGUUCUAUAGACCGGGAUGACUAUUUUUAUUCCGGACUGCCCAAGAAGUUCAGGAAGAAGCUCAAGAGCGAGCUUCGGGUGCAGCGCUUGUGGUCUGACUUGACCAAGCCACCCGAGAUGCAGAAUGUUGUCAAAGUUGCCAAGUCAUUGCUUAGCCCUGACAAAUAUGAUUGUUCUGACGGAUCAGACACAUAUGACGACGCAGAUAUGUCCGAUCCAGACUCAGAGGACGGUUCCUCCAUAGCUGACCCGAGCCCAGACUCAGAAGGCGACAACGUGAGUCGCAGCCGCAUGCAAGAGACCAGAACCAAGUCGAUUGCCAGUGAAUCAGCGAGUUCAGCGCUGAGAGACACAAAGUCUAGCCCAAAGAGUGAUGCCCAGCCGUGUGCUGAUGUUCAGAUUCCAGCACCAGCACAGACCCGAGUGCCUACAAAGUCCCUGGUGGACCAGUUGUCAGCGCAGAUCGAAGAACUUUCUCUCCAAGUUGCAUGGCUCCAGCGACAAGAGCCAGUGCAUCAGGAGACGCCAAACAAGAGCUUUAGAUGCUACAUGUGUGACGCUUAUGGCCACAGACUGCAAGACUGUCCAGAGACCAAGGAAUUCUUGGCGCGCGGUGUCCUCAAGACUGAUGUUAACAACAGAAUUGUGUUGUCAGAUGGAUCCUCCCUGCCUUAUGCCGGCAGUGGUGGCAUGUCCCCAAUCAUCCGAGAGAUUGCCAGCCGUAGAGCAACGGUUUCGCGCACAGAGUUGCACCGAGUCUGUGAACCCACAAUGAGUUGCGAGUUUAGCGACUGGGAAUGUGGCGAGUUCAAUGCCUGCCCUAUAGAGUGUUCAAGUACGACGUCCCCAGAGUACAUGAUGCCUAGUAUGGGCGAAAUGCCAUCGAUUUACAGGCAUAGUUCAGACCAGAGUGUGUUGGCUUCGAAUAUCGAGCCUGAGCCGAGUCUUUAUGCGCGGAAUCACUCAUUUGACGAAACACCGAUGCUCCCAACAGUCUUGGAUGAUCCAGAUGUUGAAAGACGCGAUGUACCUCCGCCAGAGAUGAUCCCUGAGUCGCAGAGUCGACAGAUAUUUGAGGCUACACCGACUGUGCCUCCAAGCGCCAAAGUUGUGAUAGAUCAGACUAGUCCUGAUGACACCCGGGCCAGAGAGCCUCAGAUGACGACCCAGACGCGUAUUUCGACGCGAAAGCAAGCCGCCUGCGAAGGCAAUAUGGCCCAGAGUCCAGAGGCUGAGCCUGAGAUUGGCGAAGCGUUGACACAUAUCGAGUUUGAGCCAAGCGUGGCCCGGGAGUCUGAGAACUUGCAAGUUCUUGAUCCUUUGAUGACUCAGCGAGUAGACGAGCACCCUGAUAACAUCAUGAGCGAUUUGAACGCAUCGUGCGAUUGUGCAGAAGUGAUAGAGGAGAUGUAUGAACUCCCAGCGGACUCGAAGGCUGGAGCAGUGAUUCUCCACCUUGAGUGCAUAGAACCCGUGGAAACGCCUCAGAUGAGAGCGUCAGAAGCAGAAGAGCCAGUCCUUGCUUUGGCUGACCCAAACGAUGUGACAAAAGCGGAGUGCCUAGUUCCAAGUUCCAGACAAAAUGUCUAUUUGCGUGGCGACAAGUCCAAAUCAAGCGAAGUUAGCUGCGAUUUCCAAACGCUAGUCAUGGGAAAGAGAGCUCGGCACACCAAUGUUCCCGAUCCUCCCAUUCGACCUGUGGUUCUCCCAGAUGCAGUGGCCAUGAUGCCGCAGAGAUGUGUGCAAGUUGCAGGUUGCACAGUGACGCAAUUGAAUGACACAGAAUGUCCACUUGAUGCCGAAAUGAGCGAGAUUGCUCAAGUCUCAGAGUUUCCCAGAGACGAGGAACCGACGACGAUCCUAGACCUAGAUAGUCAGGUUGAAGAGUCACUCGUGCGAAGUACAUUGUGCACGGACUUACCAGACAAAAAUCACGGCAGCUCAAUGAAUAGCGCCUCAAUCCAAGCCAAGUCUAGCGUCCAUAUCCCAGAGUUAUCGUCAGAGGACGAUGUCCCAGUCUCAGAUCGAGCACAAGUCGAGUCUGAGUCCUGCAUACCAGAAUCGCAUAUUGAUUGCACACCAGUCAGACUGCCAGAGUGCCCAUGUCAAGCUUCGAGCAUCGAAGAGACCACAUCAGCGAGGAGAGAGCUGAAGCUAAAAGAGCUAAGGCCUCCCGGCCAUCGCCCAAAUCCAAAGUUUUGCCCAGAAUCGGUUUAUUGCCACGUCGCUUCCGCUAUGUCAAAUAGCAUCACCCAGCCCAAGGAUCCUCCUAGCGAGGGGAGUGAUCAUAUCAUGUCAGUUGAGGUAUUGUUGAGCGCUCCAGAGUCACCCAGCAUUGACAGCCCAAAGUUGACCAUGCUUGAUGGCCGAACACAUGCACGAGAGUCAAAGUCAAAAGAGCUCAGGCCUCCCGGCCUUCGCUAUAACACAGUUGCGAUGCACACAGAGUCGCAGAGUAGCCCAGAGUCAGAGACGGGUGAGCGCAAGCUCAAAGAGCUAAGGCCUCCCGGCCUUGAAUGUCAUCGAGUUCCAUAUGGCAAAGUCAACAAAAUUUAUCGCAGCGUUGAGCUGGCAGUCGCGAGUAUAUCUCAACAUAAAGGCCCUCCGGUCAUCUGGAGAAGUCGUAGCACGAUGUUUGAUGACCCACAUGCGUGGUGGCCAAAGAUCCACAUCUCACGGUUCAUGAGAUUGAUGACAUUGUGUCAAAGCGGUUUUGAUAGCCGAAGGAUCCCAGAGAGAUCCGAGUGUUCCAGUUGGCUAGUCAUGUACACGAAAGCCUAG